AUGCUCAGAUGGUACCAAGCUAAGCUGGUCAAGCGGCCUCUGCUGACCCAGGUCGUCACCACGGCCAUCCUCUUCGGCACCGGCGACGUCAUCGCCCAGCAGGCCGUCGACAAGAAGGGCCUGGAGAAGCAUGACCUGGCCCGCACCGGCCGCAUGGUCCUCUACGGCGGAGCCGUCUUCGGCCCAGCCGCGACGACAUGGUACAAGUUCCUAGCCAAGAACGUGAACCUCAAGUCCCCCAACGGCACGAUCCUGGCGCGCGUGGCGCUGGACCAGGGCGUCUUCGCCCCCGUCUUCAUCGGCGUCUUCCUGUCGUCCAUGGCCACGCUCGAGGGCAAUUCCGUCAAGGAGAAGCUCGACAAGAACUACAAGACCGCGCUCACGUCCAACUACAUGCUCUGGCCCUUCGCGCAGGCCGUCAACUUCAAGGUCGUCCCGCUCGAGCACCGCGUGCUCUUCGUCAACGUCAUCAGCAUCGGGUGGAACUGCUACCUUAGCUACCUCAACAGCUCCUAG